AUGGACUCUAUUCCUGGUGACGACUACUUCCGCUUCUGCGUACAGGCCAACAUCGAGCGGCUGCCGGAAUCCGUCACCCAGGCAUACAGCAAUGACCGUGAGUCCUGCCUCGAAUCCCUUACAUCCUAUGCCGGGAAACGUUGGCGAAAGCGACUCUCCAAGGCUGCUCAACAGAGAUGGAAGAGAAAGCAGGCUGGUGAAGAGCAGCCUGGCCUCAGAAGACAAGUUUUGAAAACGCCAACCCCACAAGGGAGCAAGCGUGCUGGGACAGCCUCUCCGACUCCGUCCAACAAGCGUGCAAAGCCCGAUGAGACAAACGCUGACGAUACCCCUACUUUGCCGGCUCGGAUGCCAACGGCUGCAGAAUCCCAUCGGAGGAAUUGUCAAGACGACCCUAUUGGGGCCAUCUUCGGCUACUAUGAUGAUCCGGUAAAACCUCUGGCGCCGGGGAUGGAUAUUGACCAUUUCUGGGAAUAUGGAGAUUGCGAUCAAGAGGAGCCCGCCAGCGAGUGA